GAAGGGGGAAAUAAAUAAAAGAAAAAAGGUGGAACGGAGACCUGGUAAUUCGGACACAGUUCCGUUUUAUUUUCCUUUUUAAUAUUUCAUCCUGAAUUUCCUUUGCUACCACCAGUUCCUCUAAGAUUUGAUUCUCUUAUUUCUUAGUUUAUUGCGAUGGAAUCGAGUCCAACACAGGAAUUCGAAUAUUUGUUUAAGUUGUUGAUGAUUGGGGACUCAGGUGUUGGCAAGAGUAGUCUCCUCCUCUGUUUCACCUCCGAUUCCUUUGAAGAUCUUUCUCCCACAAUUGGUGUUGAUUUUAAAGUCAAGUAUUUGACGAUGGAAGGGAAAAAGCUGAAGCUUGCCAUUUGGGAUACAGCUGGUCAAGAGAGGUUCAGAACAUUGACGAGUUCUUACUACCGAGGUGCACAAGGGAUUAUCAUGGCUUAUGAUGUAACUCGGCGGGAAACGUUUACGAAUCUCUCUGAAAUAUGGGCAAAGGAAAUAGACCUUUAUUCAACAAAUCCGGAAUGCGUCAAGAUGCUGGUUGGAAACAAAGUAGAUAAGGAGAGUGAUAGAGUUGUGACAAAGAAAGAGGGAAUAGACUUUGCCAGGGAAUGCGGAUGCCUAUUUACCGAAUGCAGUGCUAAAACUCGAGCUAACGUACAACAAUGCUUUGAAGAGCUUGUUCUGAAGAUUCUGGAUACACCUAGCCUCUUAGCCGAGGGCUCCAAGGGCAAUAAAAAGAACAUUUUUAAGGACAAGCCAUCCCAGUCUGAUGCCACAAGUAGUUGUUGCUGAUAUUAAGAGGCUAGCUAUUUCACUCGAAACAAACUUCAUAUAUAGAUCUCCAAGGGCGUUGAAUCCAUUUUCAGAAUCAGAGUUCUAAUUCUAGUUUAUUUAUAGCAGCUGCUGAAGCCUACAAAAAUGAAUGUUCCUGAUUUGCCUUGAAUGUUAUGUGUAAUAUGAUGACGAUGAUUAUCUGUUUUUUUUUUCUUUGGAUUUAUUGUUUAUCAUUCACAUUUAAUUUCAUAUAUAGAUGUACAAGAAUCAUGGAUAAUACUAUGUUAUGGAAACCGGCUAAAA